AUGGACGACUCCUGGCAAGAAACAGCCUUCACCUCCCGCCACAUGCACAACCGCCAAUCCCGGAACAACGGCACCUCCAAAUCAGGCGGCAGCGGAAGAUCCAAAAGAAACGCCUUCGACGUCCGCAAAACCUUUGGCAGCUACCAAAUCAAAUGUCCGGCGUGGUUUAAGCUGCAUAAUGAGAUGCAAACAGAAGGAAAUCAGGAUGCAGUGUUGGAGUUGUAUAGAUUGACGGAAUGUGGGAGGGAUGUGGUGGGGGAAAUGUCGUUGCCGGGUUGCAUCAGGGCUGCGGUGUUGUUGGCGGCUAGUAGGAAGAGUCUGCAGGGGACUUUGGAAGGGCUGGAGCCGGUGAAGGAUGUGCAGAAGGAAAAGGGUGAGCAAAAUGAUGGAAACCAAGAACAGAAGGAUGAUGAGGAUAGCGAUGAAGAGGAAGAGCAUGAGUCGGAAGAAGAACCCGAUCGCUUCGAAACCUUCGAAAAGAACAGUUUCAGAGAGCCAAAGUUUUGGUUAAGGUGGAAUGGCAAACUCGAAACGCCGGCGGUGGAAGAGGAAAAGGCAGAGUCAGGACUUGGGUAUAUCAUUUUCCCGAGUAAUGAUUGUCGCAAGUUCAAAGGGACGUUGAACUGUGCUUCGCUCGAGUGGAAAGAUGUUGCGUUUUCUGGCCACAAGAUUGCUCCGAGGUCUGAGUCUGAUAUACCAGUCGCAUGGGGUCUGGAUCAAGUACCAAUGUGA